AUGGCUCCGCAACCCGAGAAGAGCCAAUUGAAGCGCCCGCGCGGCUCGUUGCCAGAUGAUGAGACUGAGACCAAGAAACCUCGACGAGCUGAGCGCCUCGAGGCUGAUCCAGACAAGACCCCAAUUGUCAACAAGCAACAUCUGCCAUCACCUCUCACACAUCUUACCGAUGACUCCAACGAGCUCAACAAGGAGCCUACCGCGACUCCCCCGGGACAGAAGCAACACGAGAUAACCCCCAAGAAGACUGAAGACACAUACUCUCAAGGCCAAGCGCUAUCGUCACCACCUCAAGACACUCAACCACUCAGCCAGUUCGUUGAUCGCCACCCUGCCAUCUCCGACGACAUCGAAGACGAAAUUCGCGAAGGUGUCUGGGGAUACCUCGUUCCGCUUGAUCCGAAGUAUGGCGACAAGCCGAUCGUCCUGAAGAAACGAAGCGCAUGCCCCCUACCAGACACAGUGGCCGAUUCCGCCAAGCAGGAUAAUAAACAUCAUACCAACGAGAACGGCAAGUCCGCUGCGAUGAAAGACGAAGAGGCCUUUGAGAAGAAGAAGAAGGAAAAGGGCGUCUCUUCUGGUGGUUAUCUAAUUGGACGCCACCCCGAGUGUGACAUUGUUGUCAACGACGGUAUUGUGUCGAACCGGCAUUGCCUUAUUUUCACCGAAAACAAAGGUAACGAUACUGUCGCAAUUGUUGAGGAUCUGUCGAGCAACGGGACGUACGUCAACGAAGCCAUCGUGGGCCGAAAUCAGCGCCGCGAACUUGAGGAGCAAGAUGAGAUUGCUGUCCACGGCAAGGCGCGUUUUGUCUUCCGCUACCCCCAGAGUCGACAGACAAGCGCUUUUCUGCAACAGUACACUCUUUUAGAGAAGCUUGGAAAGGGUCAUUUUGCCGAGGUUUAUCUAUGCGUCGAGAAGGCCACUGGCCAGCGCUUCGCAGUCAAGAUUUUCACAAAGCACCCUGGCGUGGAGGAUCGCUCAAAGACGGAGGGCUUGCAGCAGGAAAUCGGUGUAUUGAUGGGGGUUAGUCACCCAAACGUUCUUUGCCUAAAGGACACUUUCAACGAGCGUGAUCGCGUGUAUUUGGUGCUCGAGUUGGCACCAGAGGGAGAACUUUUCAACUACAUCGUGAUGAAGCAGAAGCUCAGCGAAGAUGAGUCAAGGAAGUUGUUUGUGCAGCUCUUCCAGGGUAUCAAGUACUUGCAUGAACGUAACAUUGUGCACCGAGAUAUCAAGCCUGAGAAUAUCCUGCUGGUUGAUAAGAAUCUGCAUGUAAAGCUUGCUGACUUUGGCCUGGCCAAAAUUAUUGGAGAAGAAUCUUUCACAACUACACUAUGUGGAACGCCCAGCUAUGUUGCGCCUGAGAUUCUCGCAGACUCCAAGCAGCGCAAGUACACAAAGGCCGUCGAUGUCUGGUCUUUGGGAGUUGUGCUUUACAUUUGCUUGUGUGGUUUCCCACCUUUCUCCGAUGAGCUCUACUCGCGCGACUUCCCCUUCACACUCUCCCAGCAGAUCAAGAGUGGUCGUUUCGACUACCCUUCCCCUUAUUGGGACUCCGUAGGAGACCCAGCCCUUGACCUCAUCGACUCUAUGUUGAUUGUUGAUCCCGAGAAGAGAUUCACGAUUGACCAGUGCCUGCAACACCCGUGGCUCACACAGAGUAGCCCCGGUGUAAAUGACAGCACUGGUGGUCUCGUCGGAGGCAUUGCAGGCCUCGAGGUCAACCGAAGAGCCCCUGCUCGUGAACGAACUUUGCUGGCCUCUCUCAACACUGUGCAGGUCACUGCUCAGCUUGAAGUUGGCAAGGACAAGAACCCCGUGAAGGUGUUCUCAAAGAACAAAGGUCGCGUUACCAAUAUUGCAAAGGAGUCUGACCCCGCCGCUCAACGGGCACCAGACGAAUUCAUUGAGAUGGGAGGUAAGGGCGACCAAGAAUUAUUCGCGGACGAUGAUUCGAGCAUUUACCCAAUAGGUGAUAAUGGCGAGAAGAUCAAAGCCAACAAGGCCAAGCGAUAA